AUGACAGCACAGAAAUCGACAUCGAAAGAAGCAGUCACAUGCAAAAAGAAUCCAAUCGGACCUUAUAACAUCGCGUAAGUUCAUUUUUAUCAUUUUUAAUUAAAAAUUUCUUUUUCAGCCUAGUCUCCGAUUUUUUCUGUCCAAAUGCCGGUGGCGUAGAAACGCACAUAUAUUUUCUGGCUCAAUGUUUGAUUAAUAUCGGCCACAAGGUAUUUUUAAUGAGGAUUUGUGAGGGAACCUAUCUAAAUAUUGUAGAAUUUCUAGGUGAUCGUCAUAACUCACGGUUAUGGAGAUCGAAAAGGUAUUCGAUAUCUGUCGAAUGGCCUCAAGGUUGGAAUUAUGAAUAGUUUAAGCUAUUUUAAAUGAAAACUUGGAAAACAAGAAUUUAUUUACAGGUCUAUUAUAUGCCAUUCAUAGUCAUGUACAAUGGAUGUGCGCUGGCGACGAUUGUAGCCAGUUUGCCUUGGCUGAGGAAAAUUUUUCUGCGAGAAGAUAUCCAAAUUGUCCAUGGACACUCGGUUAGUUGAACAUCAAUGGAAAAUUAAGAUCAAAAUUUGAAAAAAAAAUCGACUCUCAACUCAAAUUUUUUAGCUAUUUUCUUGUAAAAAUCUAUAUUUUCAGACCUUUUCAGCGAUGGCCCACGAAGCCUUGCUAAAUGGAGGUCUAAUGGGUCUGAGGACAGUUUUUACGGACCAUUCCUUAUUUGGAUUUGCCGACGCCUCAGCCGUUCUAACCAAUACUUUAGUUCUUCAAUAUUCUUUGGCCAAUGUCGAUCAGGUCAUUUGUGUGUCCUAUACGAGGUUGGUUGAACGUAAAAUCUUGAAAAUUAGGAGGCUACAAGAUUUUUUUCGUGCUUUUUCUUUCAAAGGGCUUUGAAUGUAGAAAAAUCAAAUUUUUUCGCUAAAUUUUUCUCUUCUUGUGCUGAAUUCCCUAGUUUUUCUGAUGUUGAAAUUGCGUGACAUAACUGUCGGAAGUCACAAAAAGCGAUUCUAAUUUAAAAAUAUGGAAAAACGACUUUUUUAUCAUCUUUUAAGCAAGGAGAACACAGUGCUACGGGGAAAAUUGGAAUCGAAAAAAGUCUCAACUAUUCCAAAUGCGAUCCAAACGGACCUAUUCACACCGGACCCAGAGCAGUUUUUCAAUAACCCAACUACCAUAGUGUUUCUCGGCCGGUUGGUUUAUCGCAAAGGUUUUGAAUUUUGAAGAAAAGUGCGAAUUUCGAAAAGUAUCUAGGCGCCGACCUACUCCGGGAGAUCAUCCCCAAGGUGUGUGAGCAGCAUCCGACCGUCCGGUUUAUCAUCGGCGGAGACGGUCCCAAGCGGGUGGAGCUGGAGGAGAUGCGCGAGCGGCACAACCUUCACGCUCGCGUCACCAUGCUCGGCAUGUUGCCCCAUAAUCAAGUCCGGGAAGUGCUCAACAAGGGUCAGGUCAGAGGAACGAAUUCGUAUUUGAACUAGAAGAUGAGCUUGACGUUUCAUUAUUCAAAAUCGGACUUUGAUAUAUUUUGUCUUGAAAAUUUAGGCUUGAAAAAGGCCGCAAAAAGACAGAGAAAAGGUUCAAGAAAUGGUGAAAAAAGGGUAUAGGCUAUUCCGCGCCAGCUUGUCAAAUUUUUCUUUCCGCCAAAAGGCCAGGUCAAGUUUAACCAAUUUCGCUUCAAGACCUUUCUUUCUUGCCGUUAUAAAAACAGAUAUUUGAUUUAAUUUGGUAUACGGUCUUCUUGACGGAAAGAAAAACGUGACAAGCUGGCGCGGAAUAGGCUUCAAGACGGCAAAAAUGGUGCAUAAGAGCCGAUAAAAUGGCGCGAAAAAGCAGCAAAAGAAAUAAUUUUUAUGGAGCCUUUUCCACCCUUUGCCUAUGUAUAAAAAGAAAAAGUUCUUCAUUUCUUUCGUACAGAAUUUUAAUUCCUAACCUUAGUAGUUCUAUUUGUUAUUUGAAAUAAAAAAAAAAUAGCAAGAUAAUUUGAUCGAAUCAAUAAUAAUCGCUUCUAGAAAAAAUGCUCAUGAUUUCCUCAUGAAUAAAAAACAAUAUUUAGAUCUUCAUCAACACCUCCUUGACUGAAGCAUUUUGUAUGAGUAUCGUGGAAGCGGCCAGCUGUGGGUAAGCUGAUUUUCAAGAUAAAAUUUCAUUUUUUCGGCAAAAAGUGUGUAAAACAACGCAUUAAAAAAGGAUUUUGAGAAAAAAAAAGUUGACUAUAACAGAACAAGCUGAUUUAAUCAACGUUUCCAAAAUUGAAAAAAAGUCAUUUUUGCUCAAAAAUUAGCUCAUCAACUCAACUUCAACCUUGAGAUCAUGAUAUUUCUAGCCUCCACGUCGUCUCAACAAAAGUCGGUGGUAUUCCGGAAGUGUUGCCGCAGGAAUUUAUCACAUUGGAAGAGCCAGUUCCUGACUGUUAGUAUAAUCUCAACUUCAUCAAUUUUCCUGAUUUUCUAGGCCUAGUUGAAGCUCUACUCGCCGCCAUUGAAAGACGGGAGAAGGGACAAUUGAUCGAUCCGGCUGAAAAGCACGACGCAAUUUCGAAAAUGUAUUUUUGGCCGGAUAUUGCCGAAAGAACCCAACUUGUCUACCGAAGCGCCAUGGCAGGACCGCCGCCUUACUGGAAGAAUUUCACGAGAAGGUUUUGGAUUUCAGAGUUUUUUUAAAAUGCUCUCUAGCUUAACUCUGUAGUUGUGAAGCUUAUGCCGCGUUCAAAGUGAUAUCUGACUCUCCAAAAUAUCCAUUAUCUUUGUCACUCUCUGACGAACGCCGAUAUCACUCUGAACGUGAAAAUUUUGUUCUCAGUAACACUUCUUAAGAGGAAAAUUUAAAUUAUAGACAAAGAAUGAUUUUAAAAAAAAGGAAAAACGUAAAUUCAGAAAAGAUAGGCGGUACACACAGAAAUUUUCAAGGAAUAAUACCAAGGGAAAAGCGCAAAAUUAUAAAUGGAAAUGAAAGAAUUUAUUCAAUCGAUCCGAAACACAAAAAUCAUCAAAUCUAUUCUAAUACACCAAAUAACCCGUGGUCGCGCUUAGAAAGGCCUUCUUAACUUGCUUCGGCCCUUUUGAGCGCAAGCCGUUUCAAGUCGGACGCUUUUAGAAUCAAUCCACGACUAAACUCGAAAAAUUCCAGGUAUUACGAUCUCGGCGUUGGCUUCGGCAUCCUUUAUAUAACCGUCGUCCUGAUUUUGAUGUUCUGGCUGACGAUCCUCAACUUUUUCGAUCCUCCAGAGGUACAGAAGAACCUCAAAAAAAAAAGAAAAUUAUCAUUUUUAGAAAAAUCGCCGCCAAACCGAGGAUGAAACACAGAAAAAGAGCCAAUGA